CAGCCCUGGUGCCGAGGGGGGAAAGAGGAGGGGGAGAGAAAGGAGGAGAAAGAAUGCAGCAGCUUGCCUGCCCUCUUUGCCUGUCACAGAGCUGCCCGAAUGGCCAGGAGCCGGGCCACCCUCUGCACAUGGCUGGGCUGCCCUGCGCUGCUGGGCUGCUUUGUGCUGGGCUUUCUCAUAGGAUGGUUUACAAAGCCAACCGAAAAAAAAGCCAACUCUUCAGAUGUCUUUCAGAAUGUGAGACAGAAACUUGUGGAUGAAAUGAAAGCCGAAAGCAUCAAGCGAUUCCUUCGCUCCUUUACCAAGUUGCCUCAUCUUGCAGGAACUGAGCAGAAUUUUCUUCUUGCCAAACAAAUUCAAGGCCAGUGGAAGGAAUUUGGAUUGGAUUCAGCAGAACUUGUUCAUUAUGAUGUGCUGCUUUCCUACCCAAGUGAAACACAGCCAAACUACAUCUCAGUAAUUGAUGAUCAAGGGAAUGAGAUUUUCAAUACUUCAUCAUUUGAACCACCUCCUCGGGGAUAUGAAAAUGUUACUGAUAUAUCGCCACCAUAUAAUGCUUUUUCAGCACAAGGAACACCAGAGGCAGAUCUGGUAUAUGUGAAUUAUGGCCGCACUGAAGAUUUUUUUAAGCUGGAGCGUGAAAUGGGAAUAAACUGUACAGGAAAGAUUGUCAUAGCCAGAUAUGGGAAGAUCUUCAGAGGAAACAAAGUUAAAAACGCCAUUUUAGCAGGAGCCAUAGGGGUCAUACUUUAUUCAGACCCUGCUGAUUACUGUGCCCCAGGAGUAGAUCCUUACCCAGAUGGCUGGAACCUUCCAGGCAGAGGAGUCCAGCGUGGGAAUGUGCUGAACCUGAAUGGAGCUGGGGAUCCUCUAACACCUGGUUAUCCUGCAAAAGAGUACACUUUCCGAUACAAAGUGAAUGAAGGUGUAGGGAUUCCAAAAAUCCCAGUUCAUCCCAUUGGAUAUCAUGAUGCAGAAGUGUUAUUACAUGCAAUGGGAGGACCUGCAGCUCCAGACAGCACCUGGAAGGGAGCUCUGAAUGUAUCAUACAAUGUAGGGCCAGGAUUUGCAAACAACUUUUCAACAAGAAAAGUCAGAAUGCAUGUUCAUACAAACAAUGAAAUUGCUCGAAUUUACAACGUCAUUGGUGUCAUCAGAGGAGCUGUGGAACCAGAUAGAUACAUUAUUUUAGGAGGUCAUAGAGACUCCUGGGUAUUUGGUGGUAUUGAUCCAAGUACGGGUGCAGCUGUUCUUCAAGAGGUCGUUCGAAGUUUUGGUAAAAUGAAGAUGGAAGGCUGGAGACCUAAGCGAACUAUCAUUUUUGCUAGCUGGGAUGCAGAGGAAUUUGGAUUGCUGGGUUCCACAGAAUGGGCUGAGGAAAAUGCCAGAGUCCUCCAGGAACGGGCAGUGGCGUACAUCAACGCAGAUUCUUCUAUAGAAGGCAACUACACAUUAAGAGUUGACUGCACCCCUCUUCUCUACAAACUGAUAUAUAAUCUAACGAAAGAGAUUUCAAGCCCUGAUGAAGGCUAUGAAAAUAAAUCUCUUUAUGAGAGUUGGCUUGAGAAAGACCCUGCACCUGAAAAUAACAGUUAUCCCAGAAUAAACAAACUGGGAUCAGGCAGUGAUUUUGAAGCUUACUUCCAGCGACUGGGAAUUGCAUCUGGCAGAGUGCGCUACACCAAGAACAGGAAAACGGACAAAUUCAGCAAUUACCCUGUUUAUCACACUGUGUACGAGACCUUUGAGUUAGUGGAAAAAUUUUAUGAUCCCACCUUCACGAAACAGCUAGCAAUUGCCAAGCUGCGAGGCAAACUGGUUUAUGAACUUGCAGAUUCCCAGGUCAUUCCAUUCGACUGUAGAGACUAUGGAGAGGCCUUAAAAGGGUACAGCGACAGAAUUUAUGAAUUGGCUAAGAAACAUGAAAAACAGUUGGAAACAUACGGAGUAUCAUUUGAUCCUCUUUUUUCUGCCGUGGGGAACUUCUCAGAGGCUGCUGCUGAAUUUCACAGGAGGCUCGAGCAAGUGGACAGGAAGGACCCAGUUGCAGUGCGAAUCAUCAAUGAUCAGCUGAUGUUUAUAGAAAGAGCUUUCAUUGAUCCUCUUGGCUUACCAGGAAGGAAGUUUUACAGACAUGUCAUCUUCGCUCCAAGCAGCCACAACAAAUACACUGGAGAGUCCUUCCCAGGUAUCUAUGAUGCCAUGUUUGAUAUUGAAACCAAAACCAAUCAUCAAGGAGCCUGGGAAGAAGUUAAGAGGCAGAUUUCCAUUGCAGCCUUCACUGUGCAGGCAGCUGCAGAGACACUGAAAGAAGUAGCAUAGGAUGAUGGCCUGGGAAAAUGCGCAGUAGGCAGACUACUGCAGUGACCCAGCCUCAGCUAACUGCUGCUGUGCCUGAGCUCCCAACCUUCAAAAGCGUUUUCUUGGAGUUUUACACAAAGACUCACAACAGUGAGGUUCCACCACUCGGGCAGUUACUGUGUACUUCCAUCCUGUAGUUGCUUUUUGGAAAACAGAUUAUGGGAUAACUUUGCUCCUGUUGAUGCUCUCGCCAAUCCCAAACCAGUGGCAGCUUUUGCCUUUUUUUUUUUUUUUCUCUCCUGGAAGAGCUCUUUCACACAGUGAUGUCCCUUCCAGAUGAAGGGGGUGGAUGACAGCAUUGCCACUAUUGCUGUAGGGCUGGAUGCAUGGAGUAAUUCUGUCUUCUGAUAAGAGAGAGUUUCCCCUCAGGAGCUGCAUGUAGAAUCGUAGAAUCCUUAGAGUUGGAAGGGAUCUUUAAUGGUCAUCUAGUCCAACUCCCCUGCAAUAAACAGGGUAAUCUACAGCUAGAUCAGGUGCUCAGGGCCUAGUCCAGCCUCACCUUGCAAGUCUCCAUGGACAGGGCAUCCACCACAACUCCAAGCAACCUGUUCCAGUGCUUCACCACCCUCACUGCAAAACACUUUUUCCUUAUGUCCCACAUAAAUCUACCCUCUUUAAGCUAGAAGCUAUUUCUCCUUGUUCUAUCACUACAGUCCGUGCUAGAGCGUCUGUGCCCCUCCUUCAUGUAGAUCCCCUUUAGAUAUUGAAAGUCUAAACUGUACAAAAGUGUUACAGUAGUUCAAUCCCUUGGGUGCUGGUUGCAGGGGAAUGUGCUACCAAGAACAGUGACUCGUCCAUAACCACUCUGGUGACUGUUCCCUUUUCUUGGGUAGCUCUUCCUCCCUCAUAGAUUUAUGUUAUGUUAUCAGCAAGUAAUUUAUGCAUCAACUAGUAACUGAGACUUCCCCAGGGAGAGGUUCCAAUGCUCGGAUGGUGGAAGAAAAGCCACUGGUGCCUCUUCCUCAUGAACAGCUGUUGGUGGUCACUGCCUGGGGUCUAUCAGAGCAUGUGACAGAGAAAAAAGAAAUAUAUGGAGUAGCAUGAUUUCUUCAUAAUUGGCAGGUAUCUUCAUAAUAAAAUAAGCCACCUUUCAUUUAAGUGAACGAAUGCUCCACCAAUACACAUAUACUUUCAAUGCAAGUUUGUGAAGCUCUGUGCCAUUACCUCACCACUGCAAAAUAACCUGUCAUCUCCUGUGGUUUCCAUGCACUAUUCGAAGCAGUACAAAGAGUGCCUAGCUAAAAUCUAUUGUUUCCUUCCCCUUCUCAACUUCACUGAUAAUUACGUAUGAAUGAAUGAGUCAUUAUGACCUGCUACAUCCUGAAAACUCUGUGGAGCUUAGAUCUCCUUCCCUUCCUCUGCUAUGUUAUAAAGGGAUGGUGAUACCCAAACACUUAUAGAUGGCUUAUGCUCACAGACUCACAGGAAUUUAAAAUUGGCAUUAAUUUAAAAUAAUCUCCAAAAACACCUUGCAGAUCUUAAGCUUAAUGAAAACAGAAGCUGAUGUGGUACCUUUGCAGAUGAAGCAUUUGGGGGUAAGUGAGACCAGUGCUUCUCUGAACACUUGUAAUGCUUCGGUUUAACAACCCUUCCCAACACAGUCAUUCAUCAAGAGACUGUUUUUGUGGAGCAGUGAAACUGAGGUUUCCCUGUCCCACUAUCCUGACCACUGAAGUACACCAUCGAUUUGUAACUUCUGGUUUUGUAAGUCUUCUCAGUGACAGUGUUGUUCAUCUGUUAGAAAAAGCAACUGGAGAGCUGCCCUGAGCAGGGAAGAACAGGGUGUACUCACCAUGACCUGUUAGUUUCCUCUCACUCUAAAUUCCUGUUUUCAGCCAUGAGAUUUUAAUGCCAUACAGUUAAGUGUGCCAUUACCAGACCUAGAUGAAGGUGAACAUCAUGGACUACACUGUAGCACUGAAUGCAAAAGUGAAGUACAGAAACCUUGUGUCUGCUGUGCUGCUCUGACCCAAACCAAAGCAACGUGCUCCUUGCUGAGAAACACAUCACCAUGCAGCAACUAUCCCUAGAGAAACUACUAGGAGCUGGAUUUAGCUGCAACGAGACCAGAGCAUUGCCAUUACAUGCCUGAGACCUAAAGUAACACCAAUAAAGUACACAUGGUUCCUGUUUAACCCUGUAACUCAGCUGUAAGUAUACAGCGUGCUAGACUUGCGGUUCAAGAGAAGCGCAGCAGGGACAUCAGUUUCUGGUGGAAAUCAUUGGGAGAAACACAGAAAGGCUUAGGACCUUGCAAUGGAUUGUUUCUAUACUUGCUUGUGCCAGAUCCAUCAAGCCAAGGCAGCUCAUAUCAGUAUCAACUGGUUUUCCUGACGGAUCCAAUCUGGGGAGCUUCCCAAGUGUAGGAGAAUUGGGUUCAAGGAACCUCCUGCAGAAGAGGCUGGACCUGGUUCAAGUAAGAAUGCAUUACAGCCUUCCAUAAGGGGAAAGAACGGGAGAGGCGAUAACGAGAAAAGCAUUUCACAGGAGGGCAGCAGAUAAGAAUAGACUUGCUGUGUUUACAUGGCAGCUUCCCCAGAUGUGCUCUGCUAGGCUGCUCACUGACAGAAAGCUGCUGACGCACUGCUUACUCUGCCAUCCCCAUUACCUCCAAACUUGGCUGUCUUUUUAGGAGACGAGCCCCGGUUGCUGGACACAGCGACUGUUGUGGCAACACAUCCUUAGGUAAUCCACAAGCAGCAGGACGUCAGCCUGGAGAAACAUGGUCAGCUGCAAACAGAGCACAGAAAGCUUUCGCUCCUCUGAGAUCACUUUUCCCUCCUGAUAUUCCUGAAACCAGCAUCUCCCUGCUGAACAAAGCAGCUGAGCUUCAGUCCUCCGGCACCUCCUACAUGCCCUGAAAUACUGACUGCAGCCCACAGCUCAGAGCUUUGCCACCCACUGUCACAGCUGUGGGAUAAAGCUGAAACAUCCUCCCACUCUUGUUAUGUGCAGAAAGAAGCACACUUCACAAUUAAAGCCAAGCUUACUGUUAGUACC